CUGAAAAUUUCACAACAAACUGGUUCAACUUUGAAACUCCCGGCGAAGAUAGUGAGGUUUAUAAAAUGUAAAAAUUACCCAAUUCGAAUAAUUACCAACAUAAAUGUGAGUUUGGCGUGCCACAAUGACAAGCCUUCACUUCGAUAUCAGAGAGGACCAGUGGCCGUUAGUUUAUGACGAAAAGUACAAUGUGUCUUUCUGCGGCUUUGAGAAGUUUCAUGUAUUUGAUGCAAAAAAAUGGCGUAAUAUCGUAGAGUACCUCAUAGAAGCAAACUUCAUAACUCGAGAAUGUCUGGUUAAGCCACUUGAAGCUAAGGAAAAUGAAUUACUACUGGUGCACACUAAGAAGUACCUCAAAUCACUGAAAUGGAGUGGUAGAGUUGCAAUGAUUGCGGAGGUACCGGCGGUUGCUUUAAUUCCAAAUGUUCUGGUGCAACAUGCUUAUUUAAGGCCUAUGAGGUUGCAAACCGGAGGAUCUGUGUUAGCUGGUAAACUGGCGCUAGACCGUGGCUGGGCUAUCAACGUGGGCGGUGGCUUCCACCACUGUAGUGCCGGUCGAGGCGGCGGGUUUUGUCCAUACGCUGACAUCACAAUGCUCAUUAAAAAUCUGGUCAUGCAUUGCAAUGUGCAGAACACCAUGAUUGUCGAUUUGGAUGCUCAUCAAGGCAAUGGCUACGAGCGUGAUUUCCUCGGCGUGCCCGAAGUGUACAUAAUGGAUAUGUACAACCGGCACAUCUAUCCUAAGGACGAGGAGGCAAAACGCGCCAUACGCCGCAAGAUCGAACUGGGCAACAGGGUUGAGGAUCUGGAGUAUAUGCUCAAGCUUAGGAGGAAUUUAAAACUAGCUCUGCAAGAGUUCAAGCCGGACAUAUUGGUGUACAACGCUGGCACUGACAUAUUGGACUCCGAUCCACUUGGUCACAUGUGUGUUAGCGAAAUUGGUAUAAUAAAACGUGACGAAUUCGUUUUCGAGAUAUGCAAAGAUCAGCGUAUUCCGGUAGUGAUGCUCACAAGCGGCGGUUACCUUCGGAAGACUGCGAAAAUCAUCGCCGAUUCUAUCAUGAACCUAAAGAAUAAAGGCCUGAUCGGUUGCAACAAGCAAGAUUGAGUUUGGUAACGCAAGAUUUUAUAACAUUCCACUUAUGUAUUAAAAACCCUAUUAUGUCGCUUGUGUGCGAUACUAAAGAGACAUCUGAAAAUGUAACAUUUUCGUUUAAGAAUAUUUUCAGAACUGAAAGAAUAACGCUACAUAAUCAAAUUAAAUGUCCUAAUUUUUUAGGUUUUAUAAUAAAUAAAAAUCACGAUUUAUUUAGUUAUGUCUUCCUUCUCGCUAGAGGGCGAUGUAUUAGAACUUAAAUUAACUUGACCUCACAACUUAACUUAUCAAAAGGUACGGCCUCGUAAAGAAAAGUGGUUUUAUGAAACUAAGUAGCCAAAACACAGCAAAUUCGACAAUGUUAUAUUACCUACACCUAAAGUAUUCCGUUAAUUUCUAGUCAAAAUGGUACGUUGAUAUGUAGCUUGCUUAAAUGAUUGGUAUAAGCGUUAUCUUUAAAUCGAAGUUGUCUGAACCAAGUAAAAUCGUCUUAGUAUAAAAAUUCAUUAGGAUUUUUGCAGUAUGGUGCGGCGCUGUAAUGCGUUCGAUUCUUUAAGACUGUAUUGAGGUCUGAUCAAACUGAGGGCGAAUGACGAGCGCGAUGCGGUGUACGAUUUAGAGCAAUUGUCUAUAGCUUAUUCACUUUCUGGGUGUUAUUCUGACAGCCGAUUGACCCUGCUCUCUGAAUCCAAGGCUGUGGUUUCCAUUCCCACAACUG